AUGGCGUCCGUCAAAGCAGAAGCACCUGCGCCAGAGCAGCCAAAGGCCCCCGCGGCCCUGGGCAGCCCUAAUCUUGACGUGUUGCAGGGGAUGCUGAACCUGGUCUUACUGACGGCUGGCCGCUUCAUCAAAGAGCACCAGGCGGGCGGCGGCACUGGUCGCAUGAAGCAGAGCUUGCAGCGCGCCGUGCCCGUAGCCAACGAGCGCUUCCACGAUGCCCUCGAUGAGCUUGAGAACGGGGUGCGCCUGGCGCAAACGGUGCUGCGAAGGGAUCUUGCAUUGCUGAAGCAGGAUCGCAAGCUGCGGGAGGCUGCAGCGAAGCAGCACGAAGCGGAGAGGGCGCGGCUGGCUGCACAGUCGAAGCUCACGGUUGCUGCGAAGAAAGAAGGGGUGGCCGUGAAGGCUGAGAGCACAACGCCUGCUGCGCAGCCUGAAGUACAACCACCAGCCGAACAGCCUGCAAAAAUCGACACGCCAGAAGCGGUACCCAAGGUCGAAGACGAGCCAGCGCAGCCACCAGCACAGCCGCCAGCGCAGCCACCAGCGACGCAGACAACCACCGCGCCGCCUGCAGACCCACUCUUCGAUGGCACACCCACCGACUCGAACCCGCAAGAGCAAGAAUUUGACUUCGACUUCGAGUUCGGCGAUGCAAUGGACACGUCUGGCAACAACGGCAACACUGGCGACAUGAUGGACACCUCAGGAGACAUGGACUUCACCCUUGACGAAGGUCCUGCGCUCUUGCGUGGGCUCGAAGACUUUGCAAGGAGCAGUGAUGACGACAACAACGGGCCAGGCGCAAACAUGGACCUCGACUUCCCCAUGCCUGACCUCCCGGACAUGAGCACUGAUGCAAAGCCUCCAGUGGAGCAGCCGAAACCCGCUGAGCCUGUACAACCACGUGCAGCGCAAGCAGAUGACGCCAAUGACAGCAAGCCUGUUCAGGAAGCAGCAGAUGCCAAGGCUACUAUCGACGCCAACGACGCCAGCGACACCCACGACACCAACAACAAUAAUGACGAGCCUAUGGAGACCAUGACCACCGACAAUCUCGAAGAUCUUUUCAAUCUCGACGACUACGAUAACCCCGAAGGAGGAGACUCGGCCUUCAACGACGCUUUCUUCAACUUUGAUUAG